AUGACUAAUACGCCAUUGGUGGAUUUUGGCUGGCUGCCACUGGCACGCUACCAACGCGCCACUUUAAACUAAGUACCAGCACUUACUGCGGUUUCGACACUUCACGCUUUAGCUUCAGUUCUUAAACGUUGGACUGCUUCCAUGGUGACAUCUUCAUGGCCACCUUCUCAUCCGACACCUUGCGCAAAUUUGCUAGAUUCUUUGCACAUUCAUUCAAAUCUUCGCUUCGUCGAGGAUGCUAUGUGACAUUGCGAAUUUUCUAUACUCUGCUUCGUAAGCUAGGACGCAUGCGUGGUCGCUUCGGCCAUGGUACCUCCUCGACUAGACUCCAGGAAGAGUUGCGUCCUGCGAUAUGUGCGAGUGGCUUACCUGCGAUCCAUACACUCCCGACAGAUGUCAACCAGCCUAGUGACCCACCACAUCGUACACUCGCAGUACCAGUAGACGAUGUCCGAGUAUCAAAUGACAACGUUGGCAGUGGAGAGCUUCAAGCAUUCCUAGAACCGGACCCAUUAACAGACAAGCUACAAUUCAUCUUCCUGGGGCAUGCCGCCGAUACGCCACUCCAGCCCAUCACACUAGCAUCAAUCAUACCGACUGACGUCAAACGUUAUGAUAGAAACAUCAGAAUGAAAUGGAUUGAACCGAAUCAUAUCGUCAUCACUCCGAAAGAUAGCAAGUAUGUGGAGGAGGUGCAGUCUGGGUGGCAUGAUUUCGUGCACCCGGAAGGUCCCAGAGUUUAUUACCACCCCGAGACGAGAGUUUUCACGGAUGCAGACAUGCGUCCAGGCAAGGUCGAUUCGGCGAAGCUCUUGGCGAUGGCUAGAUUCCUCAAUGCUUGUGCAAACAGUCAGCCAGACGUACGGGCCAGGAUCAGUGAUGAAACAGAAUUGGUACUCGAACUUGGCCUCGAAAAAGGUAACACUAGCAUCAUCAAAUCUUGUGGCUACUAUUUCGUCGAUCACGUGGCGAGGGUGAUAUUUUGGGCACAUCCGUACACUUGCCAACCAGAUGGUGAGAUUCUGUGCAACGUCAAGGCAGCCAAGAAACUCAGUCAUAUAAAAUAUUCGUUGGAAUCGCAAUACUGGUAUCACUGCGAGCUUUAUCCUCACAACCGAUACCUUCCGAGGCAAAUCUUUGAAGAGCUGAUGGAAAUAAUUAUUCAUGCAAACGCAGAGACCAUCACCUCGGAUACAUCACUGGCCCCUUUUGAUAGUAGUGAACUGGUGAAGAUGCUAGAUCUAAUGGACCGUGUUGAGGGCAGCAUCGAUAAAAUGCAUGCUCAUUCUGUAUGUGUUGUAGCUCGGUUCAUGAGAUUUUUCACCAAAGUGAAAUACACAAACUUCUGCGGACAACCUGGCGUGCGCGUUGAUGUCGACAGAUCCAUCUAUUACAAAGAGGGCCACGAGCGCGAAACACUCAUAUUCAGGCUCUCCAACCUAAUCCUCUGGUAUGGGCCACGUAAACACUAUAAGCGUAUACAGAGAGUAUGGGUGGACGAGAUCAUCAAUGCCCCUCGCUGGAAAGACUUUAUCACCCAACUAGAUACCGAGUGGACGGGUUUCACGCUCUAUUCCACUGUUAUGUUAGCUGUUGAUGUCAGUCUCCUUGCAGUGCCUGGCAUCAUGGGUGGGUCCUCGCAGACAUCGUCCAAUAUCUCGGUAUACAUGUCGGCCCUAUGUUCUGUGGGUUCGCUUGUGGUUGCUGUGCUGCUUGUCGACCAAAGCCAUGACUAUCAGACUGCCGAAGAAGGGGCUUUGUAUAUGUCCAUGAUGACCAACGCGAUCCCUGGAAUUGAAAACUUGGCAUUGAUGCAUAGCUUGCCGUAUGCACUCCUUGUAUGGGCGAUGGUCUUCUUCGGCCUCGCAUUGUCUUUCCUCAUUUUCGAUACCAGCGAUAUCGUAACGCUCGGGACGAUGGGUGCUGGAUGGUCAAUAGUCAUGAUAUUCACGCUGUGGCCUAUGAUGACUACUCCUGUCGGAUGGCUACUGAAUUUUGCUAAAUCUUUGCCUCACCAGCCAACGCGCGCCGUCCAAUAUCUGCGUUACUCAAGACACUCGGACCAGGCGCUCGGAGCCAGCGAUCCAGUUCCGUAACGAUGUACACAUCUGGACCGAUUCUGGAGUAUGCCACUAUACUUCCUUUCUCAUGCACCUCCAGGAUAAGUUGAGAGCAUAUGCUAGUAUGCAUCCUCCGAAUUCUAUCGUGCAGGUUGCAACCAUAUAGUUUCUCCGAUUUGUAUGAAGUCUCGAGCCAUGGUGGAACCUGGUGGAACUUCAUUGAUUCAUCAAUCACGCGUGGAGUGGAUAUUUUGUACAAUUCUUGUCAUCUACAGUAUUUAAGCACAAGAUACCGUUGGCAUCGGGUGCGAUUGCAUCCACCACGUCAUGUUGUGUUGCUGCGAGUCUCCUCUUUGCUCUUCUUUAUUUACUACUAUGGCGACGCCUGCUUUAUUUCACGCAGUUGUUGGUCUUCAAGAUGAAAGUCGGUAUCAGAUUGACAGAAAGAGCGUUUGGCGAUACGAUGGAUUCAUUGCUACUCCAGAACUUGAAGACAUUUGGUGUG